UACGCGGAGCCGCUAGCCACAUCCGAUGAUAGUGACCCGCGGACGUUUACACCCCUUUUGGUGUUCAUCUCAUGUUCCUAUCACAGCCGUCAUCCAGUGAGAAGCCAAAUCAUGAAACGAAAUCACAGUGGAGCCCCUGUAAUGAUGAUACAUCGGUGGAACCGACCACCUCUGUCGUGCAAAUCUUGCCGGGAGAAAAAACGUCGAUGUGAUCGCAACCAGCCCUGCUCCAGUUGCGCGCAGAGACAUAUCGAGUGCGAAUAUGCCGGGCAAACUGACCAUAACCAGCUAUCUGGGAGACAGGGAUCCGUAAUAGCAACUGAUCCCAACCGAUUCCUGAUGGCCCCCAGUCCGCCAGCUGCUCCGGGGACCUUGCAGGCAGUGCCUGCUUCUCUAAACGCGGAGGAGGUGUUGCAUCGCCUCCAGAAGUUAGAAGAAGUGGUCUUCCACAACUCAAAUAAGACAACCCAUCUAUCUUCGGUAUACCCAGCAAACAACGAGGAACGGAACUCCCAUAUAUGCUUUACCGCAGUUAAUUCUCACGUUAGAUCCUCUCAAAGUGAAAAUUACCUGGACACAAGAAGUAUAGCCGGACAUCUCCCGCAAAUAGAUGAGGCUAGAGAGCUGUUCCGCCAUUUCGCGGUAACUAUUGGGCCGACGUUCGGAGUCCUCCAUUUACCUUCUACGAAAGAGCUAAUGGAAGAUACAUACCAUACAAUGCUGGAGGGCCAAGGGGUAGAUGCUGCUAGGUUGCUAUUAUUUCUUAGUAUAUUUGCGGGCUCAGUACUUGCCUGGACACCCCAGCUUUUGGAGAAUCUGAACACCACGCCAACAGAAGCACAGGCAGCUUUCAAGGUAUACACACGACUCGCAAUAUCGAUCUUAGAUCAUCCUCAGCCAAUAGAGCCCUCCACUAUUGCGCUCGCCGCUAUGGUUACUUUGUCACAUAUAGCUGGCAACUCUGAUGCGUACCCUUACAAACUUCCUUUAAUCCGCUUCCGUUGCUUCACCAUGGCACGCGCAAUGCAGAUCCAUCGUUUAGACACUCCGAAAAGUCGUGAACAAAGAGAGCUGAAAGGUUACAACGCAAUUGAACUCGAAGUCCAAAGACGGAUCUGGUGGAACAUGCUGGCAAGCGACUGGCUAAACUCAUUUUCUGGUGGUCCCCAGGAAGGGGCAUACUUAAUCCAUCCAAAGCACAUGAUGGUUGAUUAUCCCACUAAUAUUGACGAUGAACUCAUUACACCAACAGCGAUACUGCAGGACCAUCCCUUAUCCCAACCCUCCUCACUGUCCGCCUUUAUCUACCGUGUGAAGUUGGCUACUCUUUGCCGUGAAGUUGUCGAUGCGAUGCCAUCAAUUUGGCUGGAGGCACAAGAGCCAGACUAUGAAACCAUCCUAGCACUAGACAGGAAGUUUCAAAACUUCCUAGGUGAACUUCCAAUCUUCUUUCAACUAGACCCCGACAGCAUUGAACAAAGCCAGUCAAUAUGUGAAAAGCGUCCCUAUAUCCCUGUCCAGCGAAUCAGUCUCCAUUUCAGUCUCCACGCGCGCCUCUGUCGGCUUCACCGACCUUACCACCUUGAAGGUGUGACAAACCCGAAAUAUUUCUAUUCCCAUCGGGUAUGUAUCCAGUCUGCACUGAAAGUCCUAGAGCUGCGACGCUUGAUGGACGAUGCGGGUGCACGGAUCGGGUUGAAACCAGGACGCUUCUGGACGACAAACCAGCAUGCCUUUCUCGCCGCCCUUAUUCUAGCUACCGACGUUUCGUUUAAGCCUGAAGCACCAGAUGCCGAGGCUCACAAGGCUAAAGUGCUUGCUGCUUAUGAAACUCUCGAGAAGUCAAAGGAAGAGUCGAGUAUCCUGGUAGAGACAAUACAGAGAAAUAUGCAGACCCUCAUGUCGACCCUCAAUAAACAGCGGCCACAGCUCCUUGGUUCACAACCAGGAGGCCCUACGGAAAUAGGUAAAGAUACCCCUGUGUCAGCCGACGGAGCCCCUCAGAACCCUCAGCAUUCGCGAGGUCUUCAUGACACAUCUUUCUCUAGUCAUACAGCAGAUACAGUGCAAUCGCCAGAAAGCGAAGAACCAAUCCUAGUUGGGGAUGUGGCUCCCUGCAGGAAUGUUCCACAUGAGGCUGGAAUCCAGGGGGAAGUAUGGGACCAGCUGUGGUCUGACUUUCUAGCGGUCGCCCCAGAGCUCGAAAUCCCGCAGUGGAACUCCCUGUUGGAUGAUAUGGACUUCAACUUCGUUGAAAGCACACAAAAACAAUAA